AUGAUUAACACCGUCAAAAUCGUAUAUGGUGGCUUUUUCGUCAAAUACAGAGGCCACACUCUAGAGACGGUAGAGGAGAUCUUGCAUUACUUGGAAAAUGAAGGGGUCCAAACCAUUGACACAGCUGAGAUAUAUGGUGAGAGUGAAGAGUUCCUAGGUAUGGCGGGUGCCGCAACCCGCUUCACCAUCGACACCAAAUUUAGCGGAGGGCUAUCGCAGCUGGAGCCAACGGAGGAGAAAACUGUGAAGAGUUGCGAAGAGAGUUUGAAAAAACUGAAAACCAGCAGUGUUGAUGUUUUUUACAUACAUGCACCAUGUCGUGGCACGCCAGUUAAAAACAUCCUGUCAGGGAUCAAUACGCUGUACAAAACGGGCAAAUUCAAAAGAUUCGGGUUGUCAAAUUUCAACGCAGAUGAGGUCGAAGAGGUUAUUGGUGUGGCGAGAGAAAACAACUUUGUGAUACCUUCCGUUUACCAGGGCAACUACAACGCCAUUUCUCGGCGUACCGAGACAGAACUCAUGCCAGUUUUGCGUAAGUGGAACAUUGCGUUCUAUGCAUACAGUCCAAUUGCAGGUGGAUUUCUGGCCAAAGCUCCCGAACAACUCCUGGCCGGUGGAAAGGGACGGUGGGACCCAUGCGGCACUUACACGGCCAAGAUGUACAAUGCCUUGUACAACAAACCUUGCAUGUUGAAAGCACUGGCAGAUUUUGUACAGUUGUCAAAGGAUACUGGGAUCUCGCAGGCAGAGUUGGCCUACAGAUGGGUGGCACACAAUUCCCAACUUCGGCCGGAGCUGGGGGAUGGGAUCAUCAUCGGGGCACGCUUUGGUCCCCAGUUAGAGGAGGCUCUAAAUGGAGUCAAGAAGGGCAGACUUAGUGCUGAGGUGGCCGAGAGGAUUGAUGCUCUUUGGGAAGGGGUUAAGGACGAAUCACCGUUGGAUAAUUUUGAGGGCUUCAUAUCCAACUAUCUGACCUAG